CCCCCAGCCAAAGCCAGGGCGAUUCUCAGGGGCACUGCUGCCGGGGCCCAGCCCCCAGGGCUGCUUCAGGUCCGCGGCGCCAGGCACAUGCCGCUGUGGGCUUCUGUCUGCAAAGGAGAGGCCUGCCUCUGCCCAGAGCUGUCUGCCUCCCUAAAUGCCCUUCACAGGGACAGUAGCCCAUGUGGGCCAGUGGGCUGGGGUACAGUCUCCAGGCACAAAGAGGAUGAUUCUGGAGCCAGGGCUGCUCCCCGUCUGUGCUCUAGCUAUGAGGACAGCCCACCCAGAGCAGGGCCUAGCUUCCUUCCCCUGCCAGUUCAAAUUCUGCCUUGGGAAACAGACCCUCCCCACUAGAGCCCAAGCCCCUCACAGCUGGGGGCCGCAGGCCCGGGGCCCUUCCACUGAGACAGCUGCCGGGAGGGGCCGGGGUCCUUCAGCUUCUGGGCCAGUCUCCCCCCUCGGGCCCAGCCCGAUUCUCUCCUUCUCAUCAGGGUGGGAUGGCCUCAGCAGCCCCUUCAGCAGGAUGCGUCUCUCGGUGGUGCAGCCGGUCCUGCCAGACCAGCCUAUUGGCCAGCAUGGACGUCCUUCGGUCAGCUUUGCCCAGUCCCCACUUGGCCAAGGUACACCAUGGUGUAAUUUCUCAGUGGUUGUUUGAUGCUUGGCUAAUACUUCUAGAACAUGCCCAUGUUUUAAAAUACCAGUGAAGUUAGCCACUGCUGUAGUGCUGUUCCCCUAAGCCCCAAGAGAUUUCUUACUGUCCCAGCCUGGGUGCCCAUGUUCGCUGGGAAAGGAGGAAGUUCGGAUGGGGUCCUUGUGCUCAGCUCUUCGUAUCCCCCAGAGUCCGGCUUUGGGGGCCAGGCACAUGAAUCCACUGGGGUGUGAGGCUGUGGGUUCUGGAUGUGAACGCAGCUCAUCCCCCACCAGCCGGCUCACAGCUCUCCAAGCCGGCCCUCUCUCUUGGAGGUGCCGGCGCACACCCGGGAUGCCCUGUCUUGUGACUGUCUUACCCAGAAGCCUCCUCCUGCCCUUCUCAUUUGACUCAGCAGAAGCACGUCACUUAGCCAGGCCUGAGCCAGGCAUGCACAGGGAAAACGGGACCCCCAGGGUGGGCCUGCACGCACAGCACCCACCUCCAUGGGGCCAGCCCCUGAGGAGGAGGAGGGACAUGGGGGGCCAGCCAGGUUGUGCUAAGAGGAAGGCUGGCAGGAAGGGGAGGCUGUGUGGCGCCUCCAGGACCUGGAGUUCCUCGUGUCCCCGCAUGGUGGGUGGCAUCCAGCUGUCGGAUGAGGUGCUCAGAGGCGGGAGUGUGGAUUGGCCGCAGGCCCGAUUCACUUCUCAGCCUGACUGUCCUCUCACACAACCAGCCAUUCGAUUUAGUCUGUGCCAGACAGUCACUGAACACCUCCCUGAGCAGGGGGCAGGGCUGUCACAUACCCCACAGGCUUCCCUUCUUGCCCUCCAGAGCUCGGAAGUCCCUGUGCCAGAGGCCGGCAGAGACUCUGCAUGUCCCUGUGGUCAGGCCUGGGCCUCCACUGGCCGAGUGCAGCCCCUAGGGUUGCAGCACUGGAGGAUCAUCAAACGCUUGACCUUUUUCUCUGAGCAGGUGGCCACAACUUGAGAGAGAACAAGAAGGAAAUGUUAGAGAUCACCAGCCCUCCAGUGAAGCUGGAGGCCAAGGGGUCACUGCCCUCCUUGAUGUACCCUCGGGGCCUCAGUUUCCACAUACUGUCCCUAUGUAAAUAAGGUUACAGGCACAGAGGAUUCAAGUGAUUUGCCCCAGUUCUCACAGCAACAUGGCCCACUCUGAGCUCCACAUACCUCCAGUGUGUUCACAGCCCACACCACGCCUUUGCCCCACUCUCAUCACCCCUAACCCCUGAAGCUCCUGCCCUCCCAGCAGCAAAUUAGCAACGAGGAGGAAGGCCAGGGCAACAGACAGUGAGGCCUGGGGUCCAGACUUUCUCACCAAGUUGUUUUAAGAAUCUACCAGUGCCAAGCCUUGGCAAACAGAUGAUGGGGGACUUGGCAAACUUACUGGUCAGCCAAGUCUGAAGAGGCCUGGAAGGCUGCAGGCCCCCCUCCAUGCCCCCACACCUCCCCCAGGAUGGCUUGGAGAGAGUGGGACCUGACGGAGCUGCAGCCCUGAAUCUGGAGGGAAGACGGGCUUCUCCACCAGGGUGGCAGGGUCCUCGGGACUCUGCCUUCAGCUUGGGGGCCCCAUUCCUCCCACCCAAAGGAGGGGCCACAGAGGAGAGAAGACGCUUUUCCUGGUCCUGUGCUGCCAAGCUGGUUUGUGGUUUUCUCAUCUACACAAAAGCAGCCACCGGGAAGGCACAGGGACACUGCUCACCCCAGCUCACUAAGAGACCAAGUUAGGAGGUCUUGUGAGCUAGCCAAGGGCCCGAGCAAGGCUGCACCAGGUGGGCAGGAAGGCCUGGACCAGCAACGGGGCCUCAGCUUCCUCAGGGUGGCCACAGAGCCCUGGGGAAGAGCCUCCUGUCAGUGCCAAGGCCACCAUCCCACCACCCCAGGCCAGGAUGGGAUCUGGGGAAUUUGGCCCUAGAGUCCACGUUCUCUCCAGUAGCUGAUGCUAAAGGUCCUGCAGAGCCAGCCUCCUUGCCUGCUGCCUUGUCACCACCAUGGCCUGGCAGGGAUCUGGAGCACCAAGACCUUCCCACUCACUGGACAUCCACCCUGGGUUUGAACAGCCCCUGGGGCAGAGGAGCAAUAGCAUGCAGGACCAAAGAGACUUUUCAGUUCCCUCAACAACCAGCAUUGGAUGACUGGCAGCUCUCCAGCCCUAUAUAAGCCUCAGGGAUACUGGGUUAUUUCAGAGGCAGAGUCCCUCCAUUCAGGAGGGAGGAGAUGCUGGGCUUCCUGCUGACUGGAACGUGGGCCUCAAGUGAUUAACUAAAUAGAGUAAAAAAGACAUGACAGCUUUUUUCCUUAAGCUUGUGGCACACAUCACACUGACACAUGGCAUGCAAGAAUUUUGGCCUCUAGACCUUGUACAGAGCUGGUGAACUUCCUCACAGGAAAGGUUCUUACAUUCAACAAGUAAUUUUAAGGUAGACUGUGAUUUUAUAUAUAUAUAUAUAUAUAUAUAUAUAUAUAUAUAUAUAC